CCGUUGUGCUUUGAAAGUGAUGUUUCGUGGAUCUAUAAUUGUGCAAUCAAUUAAAGUGUGGCGACCUAUGUCUGGAAGACAACACAGAUUUCUAACUGAAGUCUUUUUCAUCGUGAGCCUACAGUAACUGCUUUUCACACUUUAAGUUUAUCAUCACCCUAACGGAAUGUGCGUGCCUAUUUGUUUAACCAUUUGUCUACUUGACUUGGCUUCUCAUAUUAUCAUUUAUGGUUAUGCCAAUGGAGAAAAACAAGUUAUAUUCUAAGACGAACUACAAUUACGCACAAUUGGCACAUUCUGUCUUCAUGUUACGGUUAGUUAUGUGCAUUUAUCAAUAGACUACCGUGCACUUUUAUUUUGCAUUUAGGAACUAGAAACAUUUCCCAAUUGCUAUUUGAGCCUAAUUCAAGUAUUAUACUUGUCUGUUUUUGGCGUUGCUAUGUUGACCAAAGGACUGAAAAGUCAGGUGUGAAAUUCAAUGCAAGCUGUGGACACGCUGAAAAGGUGGUUGUAUGUGCGUGCUCGCUGUGGCUGGGGAGGAUAAUUUUGUAGUCCCCCCUUGUGGUGAGAGUGAGAACACUGUUUCAGAGGGGUGUGGUACAAACCAUUUAAAUCCAUUUAAAACCACCCCAGGCUGAGACAGGCUGCAAGCUCGUACUCUGCCGCACUUAACUUUAUUUUCGUUCUUAUUGGACUACUAGGAAUACGUACACUCGCCAUUCAUUAGGAAACAAGGGAAUAUUUACAAACCAAACAACAAAAGUAUGGAUGACGACGGUAUCAACGAGAAGGCAUUUGAUGAUGUUCACACGAAGGAAAUCGACCUGGUCAAUCGGGACCCCAAGCACUUAAACGACGAGGUUGUAAAGGUGGACUUCGAGGACGUGAUCGCAGAGCCCCCGGGGACGUACAGCUUCGACGGCGUGUGGAAGGCGAGCUUCACCACCUUCACCGUGACCAAGUACUGGUUCUACCGGCUGCUGACGGCGCUGGUGGGCAUCCCGCUGGCGCUGGUGUGGGGCAUCUUCUUCGCCAUCCUCUCCUUCCUGCACAUCUGGGCCGUGGUGCCGUGCGUCAAGAGCUACCUGAUCGAGAUCCACUGCCUGAGCCGGGUCUACUCCAUCUGCAUCCACACCUUCUGCGACCCCUUCUUCGAGGCCGUGGGCAAGUGCUUCAGCAGCAUCCAUGUGCGCACCACCAAGGAGGUGUAGGAGGAGGAGGAGGAGGAGGAGGAGGAGGGGGGC